AUGACACUCCCCAUGGCUCCAUCGAAAGCAUGGCAGGCAUAUCUUCUUGCAUGCAUUGCAACUAUAGGGCCAAGUCCUCUGGUAUCCGCCGCACCGAACUCCAACACAAUUUACGGUCCUGUACGACCUCCAGCGAUCCCACUUGCGGUCAGAUCCCCGUAUCUCAGCGCCUGGUCAACCACCGCAGAGGGUGCGACCUUAAACAGCAAAAACCCUACCUUUUUCAACGGAGCCGAACUUGGUUGGGAAGGAUUCAUCAUGGUUGAUGGUGUGGCAUACGAAUAUCUCGAGGCUGGAGCUCAAGAACUGCCGGAACGAGGACACACCACUCCAGCGACUCAGACUCACGUUCAAUACGACAGCCAAUGGAGCAAUUUUACCUUCACGGCGGGACCUCUAGAGGUCAUUGCGAGCUUCUUCUCGCCAGUGCUACCCCAAGACACAUGUCGCACGAGUAUUCCGGUCAGCUAUAUGUUGACGACUUUCUUUGCUCGAGAUGGCGAGGCCCAUGAUGUGAAGCUCUAUUCAGAUGUUCAGGGUGCGUCGUGGUUCGACCCUACCGGUCAGGCGCCGGUACAAGGUGCGCCUUACGAUGCCUGCUCUGGAUGUAACGAAACUCAUGAUCCUCCUGAUCCCGUCUCAGUCUGGGUGAUCCGACUGACCGAAGAGACCACAUUUGCGGAGGUUGACGAUCGUCCAGCAUGGGGAAACCUCACAUACGCAUCAAGUCCUUAUGACGCUUCGAGCUUCAGUUCUCUGCAAGGCAGAAGCGCCGAUGUGAGAGCCCGGUUUCUGGCCGUACCCAUGUCAAACCAGAAGUCAGCCGAGAUCGCGAAUCCGGAUCUUGUAUUUGCAUUCACCCAUACAUUUCCUAACGCCACCAACGGAAGUGCCCUUUACUCCAUCGGUUUAUCUCAGCAACCGGCGAUCCAGUACUUGACCGCUAGCGGACUUGCCAUGGUUGAAGACCAUUACCGCGAUUUCUAUCGGGUAGCAGCAAUGGGCGCAGCGUUUGAAGUUCAGCUACGUAGCGACGUUCGAGAGUACUAUACCAUUAGUGGUAACGACACCGGUCUCUCACUCACAAAGGACACACAAUCGGACAGCACGUUGCCAACAGAGCUUACCAUUGAAGCACAGAACUACUACUCAAUUGUCGCGCUCUCAGCUCGACAAGUGAUGGGCGCAUAUGUCUUGACCAAGCCACCCGACUCUGCUAGGACGUUUGCAACCGAUCAUACGAAACCAUGGAUGUGGCAAAAGGAGAUUUCUUCUAACGGCAACAUGAACACAGUCGAUGUCAUCUUCCCUGCCAUGCCCUUCUUCCUGUACGCCAACUCGGAUCUUCUCUCAUCUCUCCUCACACCACUGUACGCCUUUCAAUACAGCGGUUUCUAUCCCAAUCCUUGGAGCAUUCACGAUCUCGGCGCACGCUUCCCCAACGCGACCGGUCAUGUUGCUGGCGACGACGAACCUAUGCCAGUAGAGGAAUCAGCAAAUAUGUUAAUCAUGUCCCUGGCAUAUGCUCAGUUCAGCGAUCAAAGCGCAGCGGUGGCGCAUGGCUUGUAUCUCUACGACAUCUGGAAGCAAUGGGCUGAAUAUCUUGUCAAGUACACCCUCAUCCCGGAAAGUCAGCUAAGUACCGAUGACUUUGCUGGCACGCUACAUAAUCAGACCAACCUCGCCAUCAAAGGGAUCGUCGCACUGGAAGCUAUGAAUGUCAUCAGCAAGGUUCUCAACAAGACUGAAUGGCUGGCCGAUUAUGGCUCUAUCCCGAGGGAGUACAUCACAAAGUGGGAGAUGCUUGCGAUUGAGCCAGGUACCGAGCAUACAUCUUUGACAUACCAGCUCCGCUCCUCGUGGGGUCUACUGUACAAUACCUUUCCGGACUUACUCCUAGGCCCGGAUAUUGUGCCGAAGAAUGUCUCUGCGAUGCAGUGCAAGUGGUAUCAUGAGGUAUCUCAGGAGUUUGGAGUACCUUUGGACAACAGACAUGGCUACACGAAGAGUGAUUGGGAGAUGUGGACGGCUGCUACGUGUGACGCGAAGACCAGGGCCAUAUUUGUGAAUGCUAUGGCACACUGGAUCAAUACGACGUCGACUGGAUUGCCGAUGUCGGAUCUGUAUGAGACAACUGGCACUGGUGGCCACCCAGAAUCACCAGCUUUCAUUGAAUUCAAGGCCCGACCUGUCGUUGGAGGCCACUACAGUCUGCUAGCGAUGGUGAUGAAGAGGAAGAUCGAGGAGGCCGCUGCGAAUGGUUCUUCCAGGACGUUCCCGAGAGCGAAAUACAUGGAUCUUGCCCAGCUCGGCCAUUGUGAUUCGUGA